UCUUCCUUCUUGCGUUCUUUUUUCGCUCAUUCUCUGAAUAUUUAUAAUAAUCUUGGUCAUGGCCAUUCAGGCUGAGUGGUGUUCGGAGAAUCCCGUGUUUCUGUCGUCCGACAAUGCAUGUGCUGCCGGACUUGAUGCUUUUAGUCGGCUGUGUUUCCAUCCUCCUCCGCCGCAACAACCACAACCACACCACCACCACCAGCAGCAGCAGGAGGUUCAUUUCCUUGAGCAGAGAGUCAAUCAGAAUUUUGGAAAUGUUAUGGCUCCAAUGCAUCCCCAACAAGUCAUGCCGGAUUGGUUUCCCCUCAAUCUUGUGACCGAGUUUGAGAGACAGAAACUGGAUUUGGAUCGCUUUAUCUGUCUCCAGAAUGAAAGGUUGAGAUUUGGUGUUCAAGAACAGAGAAAGGAACAAGUGGGUUUGAUCCUGAGAAUGUAUGAAGCAAAAAUGCAAGUUUUACUGAAACACAAGGAGGGAGAGUUAAGGGUGGCGAUGAAGAAGAGGUCUGAACUUGAAAACUUGGUGAAGAGGCUGGAGAGUGAGAAGCAGGCGUGGGAGCAGUUGGCUAAGGAGAAGGAAGCAAUGGUGGCGUCCGUGAACAAGACGUUGGAACAGGUGAGAGUGUCUGCGGCGGAGGACGCAGAGUCGUGCUGUGUUCAUGCUCAUGACGACGACCAUGAUCAAGUACUGUUCUUCCUGGAUCAAGGAAACGAGGGGGACCAAUUGCAACCUCCUACUUCAAGUAAUUUGGUGUGCAAAAGCUGUAAUCUUCGGGGUUCGUGCAUCGUCUUUCUGCCUUGCAGACACCUCUCUUCAUGCAAACCUUGUGAGGCCUUCCUUCAUUCAUGCCCCAUCUGUCGAAUGCACAAGAAAACCACUAUCCUACCCUUACUGUAGAAUCAAUUAUUCGAUCAUCAUAUCCAUAGAUUAUGAUUCAUAUAUAUCUAUGCUGCGGUUGCUAGCUAGCCUGGCUGCACAAGACUUAAUUGUUAAAUUUUAAUUACAAAUGACUAAAUGAGGAGAUUCUAAUGGAGGAAAUUUUAUUUUAUUACUGUUGUAAUUGUUUUUAGGCCUUAGCUUUAAUAAAUCCCAGGAGGCCAGGCCGGCCGGGAUAAUUAAGGUGCAGAACCAAUUAACGUGAACGUCUCUUCUCAUC